AUGUACGUAAUCGGGGCUUAUUUAUUAUCAGCAAACGUAGUAAAGAUAACAAUGAUUCGUAAAUGUAGCCCUCCUGCACCUCUGCAACUGCUCCUUGAAGUGAACCAAAGCAAAAAAUUAGCGAUUCCAUUGUUGCAGCAUUCAGUUGUCAAAUGCCCAUGGUUUUUUGCUGCAAAAUGCGACUUUGUUGGUUAUUUUGCGUUGACAUCAGGAAAUAAGGAGAUGGAGGAGCUGAUUUCUCGAAAUAAUAAAGGAUUACCGCAGGCGUUUUUAUUACGAACCGACAAGCCCUUGCCACAAGUACCAGUACCAGUCAAACUACAUGAUGCUCGUGUGCUCCCGGAUGGGCCGAGAAAACAUAAACUGGCCGUAUGCUUACAGCCAGUUUACCUCUUGGCUGAUUGGACGUUGCUUGUGCAAUUUUUUGAAAUUUGGAUAGCUCAAGGUGCAACAAAAUUUUACAUGUAUAUACAAUCGAUGGCACCGGAAGUUGACGCACUGUUACGAGUCUAUGAGCAUUCCAGUGAUCUGGAUGUGGAGCGUGUCGAAUGGGGGUCGCUACCAACAGCGGACGCUAAUCCAGGCAAAAACGACCCCAAUCUACGAAUGUUUAGAAUGGAAGCAAUUACAUCAAUCAAUGACUGCUUGUUGCGAAGUCGUGGCCAUGCGAAAUAUGUUGCCAUAAUGGAUCUUGACGAAAUUGUUGUCACUUACACAGAUCGGACGGUGCUUGAAAUGCUCGAAAGGAUGCGUAAUGCGUCGAAAAAUCUGGUUGCUUUUAUAUUUCGCAGCAGUUUUGUGCACUAUAAGAUCGGCUAG